AUGAUCCAGAGGGAGCUGGAGAGGCGCAGCCUGGUGGACAAGGGCGGUGGACAUGUAUGGGAUAUACCGGCGAUUACUUCUAAACAGCCGAGCAGCAUUAAGCGCACAAACAGGAAGGCAUUUAGACGCAGGAAAAUUGGCCAGAGAGACCCCAAGGAAAGAAGGAAGCUGCAGACAGUCCUGCAAAGCCCCGGCAAGCCAUACGAUCCCACAGGCUUUCGGCAGCUGCUGUGUCCAGAUCCCCUCUGUAAUGUAUGUAACACAGCAAGCACUCAGGUCAGCCACCUGCUCUCUCAGGCUCCCCUGGAAGAAGGUGCUGCCUUGGCUCCACCCUCUUCCCCUCCUGCCAACCGACCAGGACAGCCAGGUCCAGAAGCUCCUCCUCACGCUUCCCUCUCCAUCCUCUCGCAGAACCAAAUCCCUCCUUUGGAUGGCGUAUCUUCUCCCAUACCACUCAGCACCUCUCUGUCACCACCAGCCACUGCUCCCUUAAACCCUGCAGUGGCCCAUACCCCACGCAGAACACUUACCUCUUUUCCACUUCUACUUCCGAAUGCCACUCAGGAAGCACAGUUAGCUCUCCAAGCAGAAGUUCCCCAGUCUCCUGUGGAGGGCCCUAGGGAGCUGUCCCCCAAUGUCUCAACAACCCAAGGCACUGUCUAUGAGCCAGCAUCCUCCCAGCCACGGUUCCGUGCUAAAGACCAGUCCCUGACAAACUUGGCACGUGUUAUUCACCAGCAGCCUCCAGACUCCUACACUUCUCGAGGCUCACACCAGAGACUCUCAAAGGCCUACGCUGUGGAGCCUUUGUCUCCCAGCCCCAAUGUCUUAGCACUCUUCAAGAAGCAAGAGAAAGGGGAUGCUGAUGCCACUGUACAUAAACUUAAAAAGGAGAAAACAGUAUCCUUUUUAAUACCAUCAAACACUUCCGGGGAAAUCUCAGCAUCAACUGCUGGUCCAGAGAACUUGGAAGUCUCCCACCUCUCGAGUAAUGAAAAGGGCAAGCCAGAAGGCCCUCACCUACACCCGCAGCCUUCUCAUCUGAAGAACUCUGAAGACCAGUCAGAGAUGAAGGACAUCCAGCUCUUCUGGGGUCUCCCGUCUCUACACAGUGAGUCUCUGAAACAUGAAGCUCUCAUUUCAGGAGACAGUUACCCAGAAAGGGACUAUUUCAACAAAAUGGCUAAGGCCUCCACAGGCAGUGAUUCUUCCAACCUUACUUCCCCCAUACCUCUGCCCUUGCCUGAGAGGGACCAACAAGGGCAGAUCACACCUCAGUCUCAGACCAAGCUUGACUCCCUUGCCAACUCAAAGGCCCAGACUCAAUCCCUCAUCCUAUUGGUGCCGCCUUCUCCUCAGUCUCAGCUUAGGGAGUGUGGGGUGCGUGUUCACAAUCUAAAGGCUGAAGCACAGCCUCUCACCGCAUCUGAAAUUCAACAGCUGGAAUACAACCUAUUACAAAAAGCACUGCAAAGUUUCUUGGGUUUACCCACUCUAACCCAAAGAUUCCAAGAAGGCUUCUGUGCCCCACCUCCUCACAUCUCCUCGACCAGAAAUUCAUCCAGGGUCCAUGCUCCCAAGACAAUCACUCCUGGAGACUUCCCUCUCAGUCAUAAACUUGAGAGGAAACUAGAACACCAUCUUCGAAAGAGACUCAUCCAACGCCGCUGGGGCUUGCCCCAAAGGAUCUAUGAGUCCCUGUCAUUCAUGAGUCCUCACUCAGAAAUUUCUGAGGUUCCCAAGCCAAGGGGCACCCGUGGACUCUCGUGGCUCUCUCUCUAUAAGUUCAAUGCCAACAGAAACUUAUCAAGCCCUGGGGUGAGCCAAUCAGGAAGCUUCCAUAAAAAGCCCUUAGAGAUUCACCCUCCCAAGGAGAAAGACAUCAACAUUUAGAGACGAGAGCAUGUACAGGGUAACUCCCAUGGGGCUACAAAGAGCAGUGGACAUUGUAAUUCUGAGACAGACCCAGGACUUCAGCCAGGGAAUGUCUGGAAAAAGUUCAAAGGCUCCCUGGGUCAA